UUAUGACAGUAUUAACCUCCUCCUGUUUGAUUUUGAAAAGGAAAAAGAAAAAAGAAAAAGGUCUAUUCAGAAAAAAGAAAUGGAAAUUUUUGUUUUAUUUUAUGAUUAGAAUCACCCAAAGCACAAAACAAAACAAUCAAGGGUCUUGAGAUGAACAAAUUUGAGAGACCUAAUAUUAAUUUGUAAAAAGGGUGAAUCCUCCCAAGUACUCAAAUGUUACAAUUUCAACUGUUAUUGUACAGUAGUAGUGUAAAAAUAAUACUAUGUAAUAACAAUAAAAUCCGGAAGCUAAACCAAGUCAAAUGCGGCAGUGAUUGAGAAUUAAUGCCUGUCAUUUUUAUUUUUUUAUUUGUCUUUGCCAGAUGGACGAGACUAGGAUAUAUAUGGCCUAUGUUAUCCCUGUCGGAACACGUGUCAACAUCAUGGUAUAGUUACGUUAGUAACCAUUGUGAGGUCCAAUGGGGUGAGAACGGUUCAAAUGGAUAUCAUCGUAACGAUCCGUCUCAUGCGGAGGAAUAUGCCGACACCUUUCACCGUCAGCCGCACACAAACAAUCAGACUAGCCGUCCGUCAUCCUCCCCCCUUUUCGGGAACAAAUGGCGCGCGCCGCACACAAACACACAGCCAAGCCCUCUCAACGCCCAGCCUCACUCCCACUCCUUUAAGUAGCCAAUAUUCAUAUCUUUUACUAAUAUAAAUCACUACUACAACAAUUAAUAUUGUCUGUUUGUUGGUGGGAAAAAAAAAAAAAAAAAAUUUAACCUUUCAAAAAAUGUGUAUAUAUAUCUUGUUAUUAAAAAGAAAACAAAAGAAAAAAAAUUGAUUAAUCAAAAGGAAUAUAUAUAUAUUUUUUUCCUGAAAAUACACGUCAUGAAUCUUUAUUAAGAGAUUGUGUAAGUUUAACCUUUGAAUUUUGUACAACGAAAUUUGAAAAUUCAAUAAGUGAGAUUUUGCGUGACUGACAAUAGCAACCAUUUUUUCCUUUCUAAACGAAAUUUUGAUCAAGGAAAUAUGAAUAUUCAUUAAUUAAUAGAAAGUAGGGUAAGAGCUAAUAGAUAAUUACUUGAAUUCGGUCUCAUUGCAGCGUUUUCAAUUCCCAAACUAUCGAGUCAAUACAACUCCUACAAUUCUUCCUUUUUCUAGUGACGUGGAUUGUUUUGAGUGGAUUCUAAAACUUCCUUGAAUUUAACCCGAUCUAUUUCCCACAUAACAACCUAUAACCCACUUUAAUUAUAUACACGCUCCUUCAUGGCGCGUGGCUCCUCACUCGACACCCCCUAUAAAACUCACUCGACACCCCUUUGCUUUCCUCAUAGUCUCUCUCUUUCGAUAAGACACCACGUAGUAGUAAAAUAAAUGGCGCCAAGGGAGAAACCGAACACCGCCGUUAAUGGCGGCGAAGACAGAUUUAAUGGCAUGGAAUUGCGUUACAGAGGCGUCAGGAAGAGGCCUUGGGGUCGUUACGCAGCCGAAAUCAGAGAUCCCGGCAAAAAAACCCGCGUCUGGCUAGGCACCUUUGAUACCGCCGAAGAAGCGGCGCGUGCUUACGACGCCGCAGCCCGAGAUUUCCGAGGCGCCAAGGCCAAGACCAACUUCCCCAGCCCUUCCGAAUUCAUCGCCUCCUCCGCUGACAACAAAACAACGGCCGUCGCCGCCGUCGCCGUCAAUAGCAACGCGCGGAGCACCAGCCAGAGCAGCACCGUUGAGUCAUCGGGCUUUGCGCGGCCGAUCGCCGCCGCUCCUGUUCCUCCACCGUCGCUUGACCUCAGUUUGGCGCAUCUCAGGGGUAGCUGCCAUUUCGCCGGAUUUAUACCGGCGGCGCGACCUCUAUUCCUUUUCAACGGCCUUUCGCGUCCUGAGACUCUGAAUAAUCAUCUCAACAUGUUCAGAAUCAACCGUCCGACGACCGACUUAUGGCACAAGAUCAACGAUGGGAUACAGAGCGACUCUGACUCCUCCUCCGUCGUUGAUUUCAAUUUCUCUAAGAAGCAUACCUCCUCUAGAAAAGUACCCGAUUUCGAUCUCAACCUCCCUCCUUCACCGGAAGUUGUCUAAUUUCGCCGGAUCAUCACCACCACCGGCGACUCGGAUCUCUGCUUCGACGAUCGUCGUCCUAAAUUAACAAAAACAUUAAUAGGGAUAAUUGCAGCCUGACAAUGUAUGGAUGUGCUGAUAUUAUAUAUAUAUAUAUAGGAAUGAAGAGUUUGUCAAAUUUUGGUUAAAUUUAAUUUUCUCUCUCAAUUUUUUGUUUUUGUUAUGAUCAAAACAUUGUUAAUUAUACAGUUGAGCUAGAGAAACUCUCAUUUUUUUUUUUAAUAAAUCAUGUCGUUGAAUA